AUGAACCUUGGUUUCCAAUCCGAUGAUCCUACCAAGGAGCUCAAAUUCAGUGCCCCGAAUCAAUACGACUGCAAGGAGGGGAAGACUCCGCAUGUUUUCACGGGCGUGGAGCUCAGAAACGCGCUGAAGAUCGCAUACGACUGCGAGAAUUGGAACCAGGGCAAAGGUCCAGGUCCCGUGCCAGCUUGUUGUAUGCUCGCGCCCCCGGAUCCCGUUCCCAGUCCCAACUGCUGCAAAACACUCAAUGGCAAAACCUACCCUCGCUCGUUUGCGAAUGACGGAUUUACAAAGUUCCCGGUCGAUGGCGGCAAGUGGCCGAACGAACUCUGGGAGUUUCCUCUGGAGUUCUACUCGGCCCACCCCCCAUGGUGCGGCGGCAACCCUGAUCGAUGGCGCGUCAUCAUGGACAAGAGAUACGACUUCCAAGGAAUCUUGUUUCAUCCCGCAGAUAAUGGUGGCACUAACGAGUUCGAGCAAUCCUACCUGCCAGACUUGACAGUUGCGACGCACGAAUCAGGAAAGACUCCCGGACGCGGCCCGGCGCUUGGUGGGGCCCCGCUCCGCUCGGAGGACGGGACAAGCUCCGAGACCGCGGACGAACAAUCAGGCCGCGACCGUGGCUGA